AUGAAUAGGGACAAAGUGCAGGUGGGUGACCUCUCCAUAGUUUCACCCUCGACUGGCGUGGCAGCCCAAACAGCGGUAAUUGUUGUAGCCUCGCCAGAGAGUAUGGAUAGUCAGGGUGAGAAGCGACUCACAGCCAACGAGCUGUCGGUGUUUGCCUGCCCAGGGGGCAGAGACGCGCUACAGGGAGAAAGUCGAGACAGCGCACCGCGACAGGAGCCGCCUGCUGUCGCACCGCCUACAGUUCACCGGACCACAUCGUUUUCAGUUUUGGACAUUUUGGAUCCAAAUAAAUUUACUAGCAAGAAACAACCCCCAAACCGGACAGGCUGCGACUUCGCCUUCGGUGCAGAAAACAGAGCGGGCGACGAAUCGAGUCACACAAUCGACAAAUCUUAUUCAGAAGACUUUGAUGCCUGCAAAAAAUCUACAGGAAUAUUAAAGGACGGAUUCGUGUACAGAUCCGAUGAGUGUGAAAAUGAUUUCAGCAGAGGAAAUCACACAGAUAGUGAAAUGCAAGAUGAGUUGUGCAGCGAGGAGAGUAGCAGUGCCCUGACUGGAAACGCGGACGGUGAAUUUGGCCAGCAUGAGGACGAUGACUCGAUAAACAAAAGUCCGAGCCCUUCAGGCCAGCAAACGCAACAGUCCUCUUCGAAUGGACAAAGUCACCCGGUAAAACCAAAGAGAAAGCGCUCUGGUUCGGAUUCAAAGUCUGGCAAGCCAAGAAGAGCCCGGACCGCAUUCACUUACGAACAACUUGUGGCACUGGAAAACAAAUUCAAGUCCACACGUUACCUUUCCGUGUGCGAACGACUCAAUUUGGCACUAUCGCUGAGUUUGACAGAGACCCAAGUUAAAAUCUGGUUUCAGAAUCGGCGGACCAAGUGGAAGAAACAGAACCCUGGUGCGGACACCAGCGCCCCAACAAGUGGUGGCGGCGGUGGUCCGAAUGGCCAGGGCAACAGCCUGGGAAGCCUCAGUCCACUGAGUCCGUCGCCUCCUAUGAGCGGCCAUCUGUCAAUGCACACCAGCUAUCCGGGUCACACGCCUGGUGGACUAGUCUGUACCACCCAAUUACCCUUUCUGCCAAGUCACGCAGUACUGUCACCUUUCAUGUUAGGAUCUCAGACUUACGGCGCACCGGCAUUUUACACACCGCACUUGUAA